AUGAGAUGUAAUUCCAAUGAAGUGAGGCGUCUCUCCACUGUGAACUCUGUGCUGCAGCCGGACUUCAUCCACACCACAGACUGGCUCUGGUACUGGGAGGACGAGUAUGGCAAGUGGUACCAGUAUGCUGCUUUGACAAGCGAGCAUCACUUACCAUCCAUCACCAGUAAAGAUCUCGAGGAGCUGUAUCUGCAAAACAAUAAAGAUGUGGUGGCGUUUACUGUCGGUUCACAGUCGUAUAAGCUCAGUUUCUCCGACAUGCUUCAGACAAACUUGAGGUACGACACUAAGAGGCUGGUGAGGAGACGGCCUCGGUUUGUCUCUGCUGCUCAGGUCUCCACACAACGAAGGCGACCCCCACUCUUUACCGCUGUGCCAGUUGAAUGGGACAAAACUCAGAUCCCUCAAAUUGGCUUUAAGACAGUACUACUGCAGCCCUCAUCUGGGGAGUAUAAGAUAAUGAAAAAUCAUUUCAAUCGAACCAUGGCUGACUUUGAAAUCCUUACAAUACAAAGGAUUCAGAACAGAGUCCUGUGGGAGGCCUUUCAGCUGCACAAGACUCACAUGAAACAGAAAAAUGGUGGACAGCCCGUGCUGGAGAUGAAGCUGUUCCACGGGACUGAGCCAGAGUUUGUGAACACCAUUUGUGAAACCAACUUUGACUGGAGAGUGUGUGGAGUCAACGGGACACGCUAUGGGCAGGGAAGCUACUUUGCACUCGAUGCCCAGUACUCCCACGACUACACCGGCGACUCUGACCCGCGCUUUAUGUUUGUGUCUCGGGUCUUGGUGGGAGACUUCGCCCUGGGCUCCUCUCGGUACAGGCGUGGCCCAUCCAAAGACGGCGGAAACGUAAACCUCUAUGACAGCUGCGUCAACGACCUCUCCAAUCCCACCGUGUUUGUGGUGUUCAAGGAGCAGCAGAUCUACCCUGAGUACCUCCUGCAGUACAAACACUGCGCCUCCUACACUUCGUAUAGAGCUGUGCCCCCUCCCCGUCAUGUUUCCCCAUCGCCAUCAGUACCCCCUGCACCCACUGCACCCCCUGCACAACAAAACUCGUGCGUCAUUGUGUGA